AUGACGCUCCACGUGCUCGGUCCGGACGAGUCCAUCGCGGUCGCGCCCGGCGGGCGCGUCCGCAUCGUCGCGCCCGACCACGCGUCAACGUCCGGCGGCGACGGCGGUCGCGACGCCGCCGACCGCAUCGAGCGCCUGCACGGGUACGUCGUGCGCGGCGAGGUCACCGCCGCGCCCGCUCUCAUCGCGCGCGGGCUCGUCGAGGGGACCACCUGGGAGGAACUCCACGCGGAUCUCGCGUCGCUCGGGGACGACGACGACGACGGCGACGGCGACGACGGCGACGCGGACCUUUCGAGCGCGGCGCGAUGGCUGCUCCGCCGACCGUCGCACGGCGGCUGCUUCAUCGCCGCCGUCCUGGACGCGCGCGGCACGUUCCGGCUGCGAACCGACACCCUCGGGCGAUGCCCGGUGCUCAUGCGCGACUUUGGAGGGGGCGUGUGGAUCCUCGGUUCGACCCCGGGCGGCGACGUACCGCACGUCAGGGACGGCUGGCGGUGCCAUCAUCCCCGACACGUCCUCGCCGUCGAUCCAAUCGCCGGCGACCUCGACCCGACGUGCACCGUCCGCGGCGACCCCACGCGCCGCCUGCCGCUCAUACCCCCGAACGUAGAACCCUGCACGAGCGGCACGGACGCGUUGCUCGCGUUUCGCGGUCCCGCGUUCGAACCCGACGCGGAUGGAGCGCCGACGAUGGAGACGAUCGAUCCCGCCAAUCUCGAUGAGGGCGUCCUCACGGCGGGGGACGACCCGGAUUGGGACGACGGGAUGGACGCUGCGGCCGAUCGUCUCGCGCGGGGUCUCGUCGCCGCGGUGCACCACGUCGCGACGCACCACCGGUGCACGCGCACGCGCCCGCUCGGGGUGCUGUUCAGCGGCGGCGUGGACUCGACGGCGCUCCUAGCCGUAGCGGUGAGGAUCGGGAUACCCGUCGUCGCCGCCACAGCGGGUUGGACGGGCGAAGGAACGAAGGAACCCCUGGACAUAUCCCCGGCUCGCGCCGCCGCGUUAAAGCUCGGCGCGAGGUUUGAGCUCGAGGAGGUGAGUCAAAUAAGCGAGGUGAUCGACGCGUUGCGUGCGCUGCAUCGCGUGGUGCACGGCAUGGACGUGGUCAAGGCUGGCGUGGCGCUGCCCGUGUAUUUCGCGGCUCGAGCGUUGGCGAGGACCGGGUGCGCGGCGGCGCUGGCGGGCGGCGGGAGCGAGGAGGUGAUGUGCGGGUACGCGCGUCACAGCGCGCGGCCGCGGGACGCGCAGAACCUGGGCCUGUCCGGGCUGAGGUCGCUGCACCACAGGGAUCUGCAGAGGGACUCCGCCGCGACGACGAUUUUCGGGGUGCCCGCGUACCAGCCGUUUCUCAGCGGCUUGGUCGCCGAGUUUGCGCAAAACCUGCCCACGCGGCUCAAGCUCAAACCCGGUGACGUGGAGAAGCGGGUGCUGCGCGUGGCGCUGGAGGGACCGCUCCUAAGCGUCCCGCGGUCGUUGACGCGCAGGCCGAAGCUGGCGGCGCAGUACGGGAGCAGGUUCAACGUGGCGCUGCAAAAGUUGGGUAAAGUGCUGGGAUUGGGCGCCCGGGGGGUUUCGUCCGACGCCGUCGCCGCGUGCGAGACGUUACCGCGCGAUUUCUCGUUCGAGCGGCGCCCGGACGGGGGGAUGGUGCACGGCGUCGCCAUCGUCCCGCCGCCCCCGCCGGCUGCGUGGGCCUUGCUGUACACCUCCGGGCACAACAGCGCGGCGACGUAUCACACGUCCGUGUUGCAGCGCAGGCGAUGCUGCUGCGUCGUGCCCUUUGCGAUUGAAACGGAUGAAACCGAUGCGAUUGAAACGGCUGAAACGGACGAGGACGUCGCUUUCCUGCGGCGAUGCGCGGCGCGGUUCGCGUCCGCCGUGGGGCUUCCGCUGUGGGAACCCGGGGUGCCGAGGUACACGCGAAGGGUCGCGAGGCACGCGGGGGUUGACUCUGGGGUUGAGAGCGGAGACGCGGAUUCCAUCUACGAGCCGCCGGCUUCGGUGGUGACGGAUUUUGCCGCGGCGCUGCAUCGCCUCAGGGAGGAAUACCCGGCGCUGGAGGGCCUCAUCGUCGGUCACGUUCACGACAUGCACGCGCUCCUCGCGGCGGAGGAGGCGUGCGACAGCGCCGGGCUCCGUUGCAUCGCGCCCGGAUGGGGCCAGCCGCAGAGCGGGGAGAUACUGCUCAAGUGCAGGGGCGGCGCAACCGAGAUGCUGGUAAUCAAAGGGGCGAGGCGCGGGGAGGUCAUCGCGGACCCCAAGGCGCUCAAGGCGCUCGUGGCGGACAACGGGGGGUACCUGGGCGUCGACGGGGACGCGAGGGGCGGGCCCGUGGACAUGAUACCGGCGCGGGCGGAGUUUUACCUCCCAGACCAGACGGUCAAACUGGACGAACUGCUGCUUUAG